CGGCACAUGAUUGGCUUCCUUACAUCACAUGGGAACGUCUAUGCCAAUCAGAAAAUACGGCGAUGGAUUUCCGUUACAGAAAUGAAACUACACCCAUAGCGUGCGUCCUGGUUGGGGAUUAUGCAAAUGUUACGUUGAGUCUCCUCCUCUUCGGUGUAGCCGGCGAGGGUUGAUUCAUGAAAUCUGUAUUUUUUAUUACAAGAAAGUAAGUUUGAUUGUUGGUGCGGGUGGGACGUCAGACACCCGUAUGUAUUUUAGAAUCUGGCUCUGCAAACUGCUAGGUUUUUGAAAAUGUUGCAAUUAAUAGUGUCCCAUAAGCCGAUGCCAAGCUAAGACACGAUUUUGCCGGUUAGGGAUAUCUCUUUGUUUGAUUUGACGAAGCGUGAUCUUUUGUUUAGUGUUGCUCUUUGUUCAGGGAAAGAGGUGCUGACAGGUAGUGUUCAUUUAUCGUUCGGUUUCGAACAGAUUUUUACCAUGCAGUACUUAAAGAAGUACUUUUCGGAAGGACUCAUCCAGUUUACCAUCCUUUUAAGUUUAAUGGGAGUUCGCGUUGAUGUCACGCUAGAUACGUACUUGACCGGCUAUCUGUCGCCGCUACUGGAAACAAAUGUCGGACAAAGUUCGGCUUACGUGCAGACGCCGGUCCACAAUCUGCGGGAUACUCUGGACGGCUACAGCUUGCAUCCGAAAUGCCCUGAUCUGGACUCUUAUUUCGCGAGCCGGAGAUUGCUGGACGAGGUGCGCACUCUGGGCUCGCCGCGCUUCCCCACGCGGCUCAGCGCGUGGCUGGUGCACCUGGUCCCCUCGGGCUCUGACAGUGCCGGGUCCGGCGAAGCUCGCGGUGGCGCGCCGGCGCUUGCGGACGCCGCGGACGUUAACAGGGCUGUCGGCGAGGAGGGAGACACGUGCGCGUCCAACUCCAGUGCGAGUCGAAGGGACGAGAGCCGGCGUGCUGCUCAGGAGGGGGACGCCAGGCCCUGUCCCUCCCCGGCUGCCUGCGAGCUUUCCAAAGAGGAUUCACAGCCCUUGAGGAAUGUGCCAUGGAAUCUGUCCCAGGAUGCAGUCGUCCCCGUCGACCAGGUAGCCGAUGCUGCAGAAUUGACAGGACGCAGGGAAUUGGCAAUCAGGCAGCUUGCCCACAGUGACUCCCUGGAAGAGAGUUUCCUUAGCAGCAGUAACAUCCCCUUGUCACAGCCCUCAUCCAGCCCCGACACCCAGGCUGCAUCCAGGCCCGACACCCAGGCUGCAUCCAGGCCCGACACCCAGGCUGCAUCCAGGCCCGACACCCAGGCUGCAUCCAGGCCCGACCGCCAGUGGCACGACUUCCUGUCUCUCUCUGGUUUCGAUGAUUUGGAGCUGGAUGUUCCACUGCGUGCAUCAGACCUGGGUGUGGACAUCUCCAGUGCCCUGAGCCAAGAUGUGAGUCUGCAGGAUGCCUUGGUGACAGGUGGUGGCACCGAGGCCAGGAGAGCCCUGAGACAGGAGUCCACCAACUCCACACACUCGGACUCUCUCCUAGGAGCCGGGGACCUGCCCAUGCACCUCCUCCUUCCGGUGGAAAACGGGAGCCGUAACGGAACGUUCAACGGCUCGCUGUCGGGGUGUCUGGAUGAGGCCGUCUUCGAGCAGAUCAACCUGCUUGGGCUUGGCCUGGAGGGGCUGGACACCCAGCUGCUCGAGGAACGCGACUCUGAUUCCGGCCUUUCCAUGAGCUCCAGUUUCCGGAGCCUUCGCUCACCUAGCUCUUCUGAAGCAUCAUCGGGGGAACUGUACGGCGACGACAACGGGGCGGCGGGGUGCCUCAGCGCGGCCGAGCUCCUCGACUCUGGAGCAGCGGCGGCGUCUCCCCGCUGGUCCAACUCGGAGCUGGCUGAGUGCGUCCAGCACAACCACACAUACAAUGCUGCUUUUCAGAGGAGCGCCACCUGCUGCCAGGAGGACCUAGGACAUGCGGUGCACCACAAGGAUAUCAAGGAGGAGGUGCUGAGCGAAGACGAAGAGGAGGAGGAGGAGGAGGAGGAGGUAGAGCUGAGCCGGGAUGAGCGGCACGCCCGCGCCCUCCGCAUCCCUUUCUCGGUGAGCGAGAUCGUAAACAUGCCUGUGGAGGACUUCCUGGAGCUGCUGACCCGCCGCGGCCUCACCCAGGCCCAGGUGGCGCUGCUGCGGGACAUCCGCCGACGAGGCAAGAAUAAGCUGGCGGCACAGAACUGCCGGAAGCGGAAGCUGGACGUGAUCAGCGGCCUGGAGGGCGAGGUGGAGCGUCUGGGCCGCCAACGCGACCGCCUGCUCCGGGAGAGGACCCAGCACAGCAGGGCUCUCUGUGCCAUGAAGCAGAAACUGGAACAACUUUCCCAGGACCUGCUGUCCAGGCUGAGGGAUGAGCGGGGCCGGCCCAUCAGCCCCAGCUGCUACACCCUGCAGUGCGGUUCGGACGGCCGGGUCCUCGUCCUGCCACGCAGGCACAUCUCAGGACAGCCCAAGACUGAGAAACGGAGAAGUGACAAAAAGCACUAAGACCCAGAUCCUGUGCCCCUAACGUGCUGCUUUCCUCAUACUGUCCCUGCUGUGAACAGUGCACAAGGUGUCGGGGGCAGAAAUUAAUCAUUGUUUUUUUUGUAGAUACAUGUUUCCCCUUAAUAAGUGGGAUGAGUGGAUGUAGCUGAAACACUGGACUUUUGUGUUGAAAAGAGGUUUUCUGUUUGAAUUUAAAGUUAGAAGUCAAUAGAGUUUUGAGGGAUGAAAUCCAUAUUUGACGGAGGUAUUCGUGUUUUUAACAGUAUACUUGAAAUUGAUACUAACUGCCUGGUCUGUGUGUGGGGGGGGGGGGUCGUUCCUCUCACAAAGAUCAUCGGUUGCACUUUGACACCAUGAGUAAAGGCUGAUGGCCCCUUAUUGCUGUAGCCUGUGUUGUAUUGCUCUUUCCAUCACACAGGGGGCGCUGUGGUUGAGGACGUGCCUUUUGUAAUCUGAUGUUAUACAUUUGGCCCUGCUUGUUGUAAAUCCAUGCCGGUUACUUAUUCUGACAUAUCCAGCCUGAAAAUGGGUUAAAGACAACUAAAUUUAAAAUUUGAUGCUUGUAAAGACAUGUUUCAAAAAUAUCAGCUAAGCAUCUGAGGAAAUAGGAUCAUUCAUGAAAACGCACCCAUCGUUGUUGUGAAAGUACAAUGUUGAACCAGAAUGGUUUGUCACAAGGGGAACUUUCUCUGGUCGUCAUCCUGAAAAUGGGAAUUACUGAUGCAACUGGGUGUUUUGGAUUGACUCUGUAAUUUGAGAAAUGUGACAGCAAUUAUUUGUCUGUGUGUGGACAUGAUUUGCCCUAAUGGAGAAGGAUUUUUGAUUUUCGAUGGAAGUACUCUUGUUUUGCUAGUAGAACCCAAAAGCCAAGGCGUGAAUGGUGUAGGGUUUAAUGGAUGCUUUUGUACUCUUUAUUUACUGUGUUUGGGAUUCUUUUCACAUUCAGCUGUUUCAGGAUAGUCUUGGACCAGCACGAUUAGUUCUGAAAUGAAUCCUGGCGACAUGCAGGUGUGCAUCACAAGCUUGGCCUUUGCAGCAUGUCUGUUCUCUGUCUGUUUUUCGACAGACAGCGUGACUCUUAAAAAAAAUCCCACAUUCUCCGGGAAUCAGCAGUGGUAGUGCGUUUGUGGGUGAUUUGUGUGACCUCACAAACAUUUUGGCUCAAAUGUUGUACAAAAAUAUUCACUGCAAACAAAAGGAGAUCCAUCAUUUAAAGUGUUGUAAAAUCAUGUCUAUAUGUGUACUUCGUGUGUGUGUGUGUGUGUGUGUGUGUGUGUGUGUGUGUGUGUGUAUAUAUAUAUAUAUAUAUAUAUAUAUAUAUAGUUUUCUAUUUGUAAAUUAUUGUUUUUUUCCCAGCUUGUGUUUUUAAUUGUUUCUUUAUUGCUGUUAUUAGUUUGACUGUUACCUCUGAGGUCAAGGUCACCCUGUUCUUCCGCUUGACCUAAAACACCAAAUAGGUUAACGUGUAACAUCUUAAAAUAUCAGGGGUGAUGCUGCAUUGGUGCAUCUCAUCUCUUUCCUUUUUCCUUUUUUGUAUAAGUGCCACUGAGAUCAAAGCAGCUUUCCAAGUGGACCUGAAAAAAAAAUAUAAAUGGCGUUUGUGUGUGCGUGCGUGUGUGUGUGUGCGUGCGCUUGCAACAAUAUGUCAAUGGCAAGUAAAGAAGCUUUUUUUUUAUCACAAUUUAUUUAAAAUGUUUUGUUGAACCAUGAAUUAUCAAGCUUUUUUGUUUUUUUUACCAAUUUAGAUUUGUAUUGUUUUUUUAUAUAUAAAGUGAAACUAAACACUGUACUUUAUAGUUUGAGGGAGCGUGGGAAUCAAGUUGAAUGUGUAUUUUCAUUUGGGAUGUCGCUAAUUUUUUUUCUCCAAGAUUUAAUAAAUUCUAAUUUUCUUGAGUUUGAAAUGC